AUGAAGUUGCAGCCAAGAUCGGUUGUAUUACUGAAAUGCAUAAUUCUGAUUGCACGCUUGCUGCAGUUUGCAUGGGAUUACCUUCUUCUCCAAUCCUUCUUUCAGCCUCAAGAAAUUGAAUCACCUGGCUAUGCUGCUGAACUCACAGUAACUCGUUUUGAAAAUGAUACGAAUGCAGAGUUUGGGGAUUCAUCAGUCGAGUGUGCUGUUUGUUUAUGCAGAAUUGACGAAGGAGCUGAGGUUAGAGAGCUGAGAUGCAACCAUCUUUAUCACAGAGUUUGCUUAGAUAAAUGGGUACGACAUGGGCGCGGGACUUGUCCACUCUGCCGGAAUAACCUAAAUCCUCCACCACGUAAAAGCGGACUGGAUACUUGUUAA